AUGGUGAGAAAUUAUGUUAAAAAUAAGGAUACAGGACCCAAAUAUACCGACGAAAAACUAAACAUUGCUCUUAAUGAUAUAAUGUCUGGUGUACUCACUACUCACAAAGCUUCUGUUAUUUACGUUGAACUUGCAUUGGCCAAGGAGAUAACCAUUAUCAAAUUGCCUGCACACACAAGUGACUUGUUGCAGCCAUUAGACGUAUCUGUUUUCAAAAGCUUUAAACAGAAAUGGGACAAAACUGUAGCCUCUUUUCAGCGACAGAACAUUGGACAAAGGCUUCCUAAAUCGCUGUUCUCACAAUUUUUAGGAGAAACUUGGCUCAUAAGUCUAGAGCGCUGGGAAAAACGCCAAAAAGAAACUCAAGAUACUGCUCAGGAUAAUAUAGCAUUUGUAGAAGAUGUUGAAUAUGCAGAACAUAAUGUCAAUGCCCCGUCCCCAUCAAUUUCAAGUUCAUCAGCUUUUGAAGAGGUCACUCCUGCAACUACCAACUUGGAAAACCAACCAGAUUUUACAUCACCACCAUUAGAUCCUAAAGAGAAAAUAACUUCAGAAGUCCAAAAUCAAACAGUAACAUCAUUAGAACAGAUGAUUCUUGCAACCAUUCAGCAAAAACAUCCGUCAAAUAAACAAAAAAAACGAAAAGUUGCCUCAGGUGCAGAAAUAGUAAAAAAAAUAAAAACGAACGAAAAGCGCAAGAAAAAGAUCCAGUGUUUAGAUAGUGAUAGUAGUAGUACUGAUGCAGGUUUGGAAGACGAAGUAACAUAUGCAAAUUCAGAUGAAAGUAUGUGGAUGGAAGAAGAAAACGAGUCUAAUCAGGAAAGUAAUAACGAAAAAAGUAUCUCUGAAAUUGAUAGCCCAACUGGGGAAGAAGAUAAAGAAAAUGAGGUGGAAGAAGCAAAAUCGCAAAGUAUUGAUAUAAAAAAAUGGGAAACGAGUAUGGCUAAAACGAAAACUAAAAAAACUGAAGAAAAGCUUGCUCAAGCAAGACUACAUAAAAGGAAAAAUUACGAGGUAAUUAAAAACGAUCCCGAGAAAUAUGCAAUUCAGAAGGAAAAAGAGAGACAGAGAUACUUGAAGCGAAAAGAACAAAAUAAAAUAAAAUCUGUUGCUAAAAUGACACCAAGGGAAAAAAGACUACAAAGAAAAAAAUGA